AUGCAUCUGCUCAUUCUCUACCUUCUAGCCAUACCUCAGCUAUCUUUUACUUGUCAUCCUGGUAAGCCUGCUCAGCGUGGUUCAAGUCAAAAUUCUGGUAAUCAGAUACUGCACAAAUCAGGGACCACUUUGCAAGGAGUUAGAGGUCGGACUUUCCCAGCAGAUUCAAGUUUGAGUUUAGAGACAAACAAAAUUGUAGAGGAUUGGACAAAACGUGACUUGCAAGCUGCGAAAGAUAGAACUAAACAUCACAAAACGUCGUCUAGUAAAGCUACAACGAUACAAGUGCAAAAUUCUACUACAAAGGCACCUACAACAACACCGGAUGAUGAGUAUGAGGGAUUGCCUGAGUGCCAGCACUGUCGUAGACCUGAAUCAGACCCGGACCACUGCAAGCCCGAAAAGUGUGAUGCUGUAGGAAUCACACUGAGAAUCAUCGAUGAUUGCUCUGUUGCCGAGUUAAGAUGUCCGGAAAGUUUUCGCUCUGUAGAAAUCAUAGAUUCUGCUGCUAAAUCGAAGAGAUACGAAGUGGAAGAACUUGCUCUAGCUUACUGCAUCAAGGGGAUUUGGCAAGCUGAAACACCAGGUGGAAAGAUUCCAAUGGAAAAUAUUGUCUGCACAUCAUAA